GCAACUUCAAACUAUUCGCCGUAAGACGUCAAAUUUCCGUUCCUCCUUUCACUGAAGGCCUCGGUCCACAAUGCACUUGGCUUCAUACGUAGCCUUGCUAUGGCUGCUUUUCGCUGUUCUUGUUAACGCAGCCGAUCUAUACAAAGUUCUUGAGCUGUCUAAACAUGCAUCGGAACAGGAUAUCCGCAAAGCAUACAAGCGUCUAAGCAAGCAGUAUCACCCUGACAAAAAUACGGAUCCAGGGGCAGAGGAGAAGUUUGUUGAUAUUGCUCAUGCGUACGAAGUCCUUUCAGACUCCACGAAACGCCAAAUUUAUGACAGGCACGGUGAAGAAGGAUUGAGGGCGCACGAAGGUGGACAACAACAUCAUGCCAAUCCUUUCGACAUAUUCUCUAACGUUUUCGGUGGUGCUUUCAAUCAACAGCAGCAAGUGCGACGUGGACAAACUGUGCUCAUUGAAUUCGAGGUUUCACUUGCGGAUAUGUAUACGGGUGCAAAUACUGACUUCACGAUGAGGAAAAAGAUACUUUGCGAUCACUGUCGUGGCUCAGGUGCUGCUUCGGACGGUGACAUCCAUACUUGUUCAGGAUGUGGUGGAGCAGGCGUGAAAACAUUCAAACAGCAAAUAUUUCCUGGCAUGUUUGCACAGACUCAGUCGACAUGUAACGAUUGCGGUGGUCGGGGAAGGGUCAUCAAGAAACUAUGUCCACACUGCAAAGGAGAGAAGGUGGUCGAGCAUACACAACAGUAUACUUUGGAGUUGAAACCGGGUACACCAGAAGGGUUUGAUGUCGUGUUUGAGGGAGAGGGAGAUGAGAGCCCAGACUGGGAGGCUGGCGAUGUUGUUUUGAGAGUGCGAAGUAAGAAGGAGAAAGGUACCUGGCGACGGAAGGAGAGCAGCCUGUACUGGCGGGAGACCAUUGGCGUCGAUGAGGCUCUCCUCGGAUUCCAACGCAAUAUCACACAUCUCGACGGUCAUGUUAUCGAGAUAGAUCGCCAAGGAGUGACCCAACCCGGUUAUGUUCAAACUAUAGAGGGCGAGGGGAUGCCCCAGCAUCAGACAGACGAUUUCGGCGACCUUUUUAUAGAGUACAACGUCGUGUUGCCUGUCAAGCUCAACUCAGACAUUCGUCGAAAACUCGCCGAGGCAUUUUAUGGAUCAGGCCACCGCGAUAGAGAUGAACUAUAGAUUAUUUUUUCUUAAAUUAUUCUUUCCGAGAGCUUGUCAGUUUGCGUGAAAAGUGACAUUACCUGCCAUAUCGAGUGUGGGCCGUGCGCUCCUGCACAUCUGACCUGCCCUAAAAUGAGGCUGCAUAUAAGGACAAGCUACAUCGCCUUUUACUUUCUUCGGUUCCGGACCCCUUCGGCAUGGACAAGGUUGGUCAUAUUUUUGAACACCAACCCUUUGUUGAAC